AUGGCCGAAGGGGAAAUCACUACCUUCACUGCCCUGACCGAAAAGUUCAACCUGCCGCCAGGCAACUACAAGAAACCCAAACUCCUGUACUGCAGCAACGGAGGCCACUUCCUACGGAUCCUCCCAGAUGGCAAAGUGGAUGGGACCAGGGACCGAAGCGACCAGCACAUUCAACUCCAGCUGAGCGCGGAAAGCGUGGGAGAGGUGUAUAUAAAGAGCACCAAGUCCGGGCAGUACCUGGCGAUGGACACCAACGGGCUGCUCUAUGGCUCACAGUUACUGGGCGAGGAGUGCCUGUUCCUUGAAAGGAUCGAAGAAAACCAUUACAACACCUACGUCUCCAAAAAGCACGCGGAUAAGAACUGGUUUGUUGGUCUGAAGAAGAAUGGGAGCAGCAAGCUGGGGCCGCGGACUCACUAUGGCCAGAAGGCGAUCCUCUUCCUUCCGCUGCCCGUCUCAGCUGACUAA